UAGGUAUAUAUCCCAAAUAUCCUGAUGGAUGUGUGCUGUUAGACAAAACCUGAAAGAAGCUCAGGACACCGUGGCUGGUGCCAACAAAGAGUUAAAUCAUCUGCAUGUUAAGUGUGCAGACAAACAGAAUUUAACAGGAACUUUACAAACAGAGCUACAGAAAGUAGAGCAGUGCUCAGAGAAGAAGAAAGUGCUUUUCCAGGAUCUUGUAGGGUGGGGUUUAUUCAGCUGUUGUUUGACAUACACGCCAGGGCCUCGAAGUCUCUCGGUUCAAGAGGUUUCACGAGAAACUUUCCUAACCCCAACUCCAUCCUCAUCGAGGGGAAUGUGCUCCUUUGGUCCAGAGAGCGCCCUGCUUUGAAUUCUACGCACAGACAUUCAAAACUUUCUGGCUGUUUGUUCCUCUCUCUGGCCGAAGAGUGCUCUGUCCUGAGAGCUUGCACAUCUGAGUCUGGCUUUCUUGAAUGUCGGUCCUUUCAAUGUCCUGCACUUUUAUUUUACCGUCGGGAGCCCUUAAGCCUUAAAACAUGUCUGGGAGGGCGGAGUGAGCAGCGGGAGCACCGCGCUCGGUUCGGGGCAUUGUGGCAUCACUGUGCGCGUCCGUGACAACCGUGGAAUUCCCGGCUCUGGCUCCGCGUUUGUCCCUGCUGGUCCCAGCACUGCAGUUCCUGCGGUGCCGGAGCCGCUGCCUUCCGACCGUCCCAGCUCAUCGUGCUGGAGGAGGAGCAGCAUCGCCACCGCUCCAGGCACCGGCGGCAGACUGUCCGUUUACAGACUUAAAAAAACUGCAUUUUGACUACCAUGAGUUCAUCCUCUUCAAUCAACAUCUCUUCUGGGAAAGCUAAUCGCUCAGAUAAUGACAUGGAAGGACCACUGUUACCUCAGGACAGAAAUCAAUCUGAAAUGGAGACCACUGAAGAUUUGAGAAGGAAAUUCCAGAUGCUUGAGAAAAAACAUUUGGAAUUAAUCAAUCAAUACAAUCAAGAUAUGUCUUGCUAUGAAAAAGAAAUAAUGAAAUUAAGGUUGGCACUCAGGAGAAGAGAGGCUUUUCAUCGAGUUCUGGAGAGUGAGAUAUUCUUUGCUCGAAGAGAAGCUCAUGUGCAGAUGUCUUCUGCAGAGGAUGAGCUAUGUGAUGCAAAAGCCAAGCUUUUGGAACUUCAAGUACUCAAUGACAAGUAUCAACAGAAAGCAGCAGAGGCUGAGAAAAUGUUUCAAAGUGCUCAGUGGCAGUGGGAAGAGGAACAACAAAGAUACCUCACUGAAAUGGAAUUCCUUAUUAAAGAAAAAGCUCAAACAGAAAGGGCUUGUCAGGAAACAAAUGCUGUCCUGCAAAACACACUCAGGAAAUUGAGGGAUAUGGAGGGAGAGCUCCAUGGCUGCAGCGAGAUCCUGAGGCUCCGCACUGAUCGUCUGGAUGUCAAGAACAGACAGAAGGAGAGACUUGACAGUGAGCUGGAGGUAGCUAAAGUGAAAAUAAAGAAACUGGAGGAAAAUGCUGAAGCAGCAAGAUUAGCACAUAUGGAAUAUAAAUACAUUAUAAAAAUCAUGCAGUUAAGAAUUCAAGAACUUGAAUGUGCUUUGAAUGAAGAGCAAGACAGCAGGAGAGAAGCUGUUCCAGUGGCAGCAAAGAAAGAUUUCAAAGAGUCAGAAAAUGCACAUGAGGGAGGAGAAGUUUCCUCAAAUGUGCAGUGGAGAGAGGGGGCUGAAGAAAGGAAGGAAACUGAAGAACCCUCUGGGAGAUUAGUGGAUGCUGCAACCAGCUUCAGCCUGAAUGAAAGCUCAGUGAGGGAGCUGUCCAUCCUCUUGAGCAUAUUCCAGAGCAUGGCAGAUGGCCAUAUGAUUGCCAGACACCCGGAUGUUCCCCUGGAAUUGUUACCCUGGAGAGAGUUUUGUGAACUCUUGCGUGAGAAUGUUGAAUCCCUGAUCUUGAACUUCCACAAGGCUAACAAGAGGAUAUCUCACCUAGAAUAUAUUUGCAAGCACAAGACUGACACUAUGAACAACCUUCAGCAGAACCAGGAGGACGCUUUUGUGAAAAUGUCUGGACAGUUAAAAGCACAGGAAGACUGCUGGCAGAAAGAAAAGCAGUAUCUUGAGAACCAGUACUCAAAUCUCCUUGCAGAAGUUCAUGCAAGAGCACAGGAAUGGGAAGAAACAGCACAGAAAAGCAGGCAAAAGGUGUAUGGCCUUGAAAAAAUCUGCGAGAAGCUGGCCCAUGAGAACAAUUCUGUGAGAAAUGCAUUGUCACACGCUCACAAGGAACGCUCAUCUCUGCUGGCAGCCUGUGCACUGCUGUCAGGGGCCCUGUGUCCUCUCUACAAUCGACUGUGUGCUAUGUCUUCCCAAAGAGACAUUCUCCAGGACCAGGCAAACUUUCACGAAUUAGUGAACCAGAAGAUCAGGACUCUCCUUUAUGCUCUCCCUACUAACAUGGAAAGCAAUAAAGACGAAGAAAGGCUGAGGCAGAGAAGAGCCAAACAGCUGAUCUAUGUGUUCAGAAGAGCUGUGAUUGCAGUUCUGGCCACCAACAGGCUUAGAGCUCUGGCCCGAUAUUCUUACUCCCUUUUUGUCUGGACAGAUGGCUCAAGAGGAAGCACUAGAGUUCAAGUUUGUGUGGGAGAAUCCAAAGGCAGGCAUCAUGAGUCAAGUUUUAAAGAGGAAGGAGUUGAUUGUAUUGAAGCACUUGACUGGUUGACUAGCUCUAACCUCUAUACUGCAAUAAUCAGUUCCUUCUCUGAACUGCAGGAUGUUCUCAACAAACCAGAUCCAAACUCCUGGGUUUCUGGACACUCACUUAUCAGUCCAGCCAGAAACUCCUUUUCAAAAUUGAUGGACAAUCUCAGCGUGUUGAUGGAGACAGUUCAAGGGAAACCUUGUGAGUGCAGAGUUUACCUGGAGAAGGACUCCCUGAUACAGAGGCUGGCUAGUGGACUCCACAGAGUAAAUGCCCAGGCUCUGGAAGCUGGAUUUUAUGACAGACUGCCCAGCACAAGAAACAUAGCAAUCCUGCAGCAGGAAAUGUUUGAAAUUUCGCAAAGGCUUCAUACUGCAGAGGUAGAGUCCCGCUUGCUGCACUUGCAGCUUGAAGAAUUCAAAUGGUCUUUCAAUGAAGUGCAAAAAGAGGCUGAAAAAGCCCACAGACUUCAAGAGCAAUUAAAUGAACUUCAACAUAGCUUCUCUGAUGCAACUGAGGAGCUGAGGAGAAGAGACCAAGCUCUAAAUCACCAGCAGAAACUCCUGGAAGACGUGGAGCAGGACCGGCAGCGGCUGUGGGAAGCUCUCCAGGAGGCAGAACGUGCCCUCCAACAGGCAGCAAAAGACAAAGUGUUGAUCAUCAAUUAUAUGAAAGCUGUGGAUGCCAACCUGAAUGUGGUUAGAGACCAGGCUGUGGCAUCAGGUGCUGCAGCAGCAACGCUGCUCCCCAGCCUGCAGCUGGAGAUCCUUUCAGAGGAAGCAAUGAGGGGCAGGCCAGAGGCUGCAGCAUUCCAGCACGUCCUUAUAAGUUUUAUGGGUCUCUACUCACUGGCAGCUGCCAGAGUUGAGGCAUUAACAAUAGCAAGGGAAUCUUUGCGGGAUCACUUCGAACCUGAAGCAGCUGCUAUGCCUCCUGAUGCUGCUCCUGAUGAAUCUUUUUGGCUUCACUUUAUACCCUAAGGAGCCAGUACACCUCGUGGUCCUGCUCCUGGUGGUUUCUGGAUGUUUUCCUAAGUGGAUGAACUUAUACCCAUCUUUCUGUUACUUACUGACUGCACAGAUUUGUAAUUAAUAAACUGAAGAAAAAUAAAAUCAGAAUCUUCUUUUGUCUUUCUGGGAGAGUAACAGCUUCUUCCCUGCCAGCAUGAGUGUAUUAAAAGACAUUUGCUGGCCUAGUUAGCCUGGAAAGUAAUUUC